AUGGCCGCGGCGGCCGAGGCGGCGGGCGGCGGCAGCAGCCGCCACGAGAAGAGCCUGGGGCUGCUGACCACCAAGUUCGUGUCGCUGCUGCAGGAGGCCAAGGACGGCGUGCUGGACCUCAAAGCGGCUGCUGAUACCCUUGCUGUGAGACAGAAGAGAAGGAUCUAUGAUAUCACCAAUGUUUUGGAGGGGAUUGAUCUCAUUGAGAAGAAGUCAAAAAACAGCAUCCAGUGGAAAGGAGUAGGUGCUGGCUGCAAUACAAAAGAAGUCAUAGACAGGCUGAGGUAUCUGGAAGCUGAAAUUGAAGAUCUAGAACUAAAAGAAAAAGAACUGGAUCAGCAGAAACUGUGGCUACAGCAAAGUAUCAAGAAUGUCAUGGAUGAUUCUACAAACCACCAGUUUUCGUAUGUCACGCAUGAAGAUAUCUGCAACUGCUUCAAUGGAGACACACUUCUAGCAAUUCAAGCACCUUGUGGUACACAGUUAGAAGUACCUAUACCCGAAAUGGGACAGAAUGGACAGAAGAAGUACCAGAUCAAUCUUAAAAGUAGUUCAGGACCUAUCCAUGUGCUGCUUAUAAAUAAAGAAUCAAGCUCCUCCAAGCCCAUGGUGUUUCCAGUUCCUCCACCUGAUGACCUUGCACAGCCCCCAUCUCAACCUGCAGCUCCAGUGACUGCCCUUAAGCCUGCUACAGCUCCUCAAAAUCCACCAGAACAACAUGAUCUGAACCAAGGACAAGAGUUGCCACAAACAUCAGCUGCGGACACGCCAUCAGACGGCAGCGUGCAGCAGAACAGUACAGCCCCAGCAGCUCCUUACUCCAGCCUUCCAGAGUCGGUGUUGUACCCCAGCCUUUCAGGAGAUGUCGCCCAAGCUACAGCUAGCUCAACUGACUACCAGGGCUUGCUGCCCCUGGAUGUUAACUGUAUUCUCAAACCAAACUCAUUCGACAUAGCAAAGAUGGAGGAGCCCACAGGAAAUAUCAGUGGAGAUAUUAUUGAUGAACUCAUGUCUUCUGACGUUUUUCCUCUCUUACGACUCUCUCCUACUCCCGGAGAUGACUACAACUUUAACCUGGAUGAUAAUGAAGGAGUCUGUGAUCUCUUUGAUGUGCAGAUACUAAAUUAUUAGAUAUUG